AGAGAGAGAGAGAGAGAGGGAGAGAGGGAGAGAGAGAGAGGGAGGGGAGAGAGACAGAAGAGAGAAGAGAGAGAGAGGGAGAGGAGAGGAGAGAGAGGGCGAAUAAGCAACUUUGUUAGCAGCAUGUAGCUGCGUCUCCUCCGGCUCUCAGCGGCUCUCUUUGGCUCUCAGCGUGGUAAAAGAGGCGCAUUUGGCAGAUAUGGUUGAUCAGCGUUUCUCUCCUCCUCCUCGGUGCAUCAGAGGCGACCAACGUCCUCCUCCCUCUGACUAGAUCCCGUCUCCUCCUUUUCCUUUUUGACGGAUUAAAAAUAAAGAAAUAAAAACCCAACGAGAGCUACAUCUUCAUCAAUGUGCGAGAGAUGACAUUGAGGAUACCUUAGCAGGGGACUGAGCUUCGGGGGCCGUCGUCAUUUUUUGUGCAGGAAAAAAUGCAUCUUUGGAUUUCAUAUGUUUUGCUAAGCGCCACGUCGGUGUGCACCGUUGAGAUGCUUGGCAGCUAUGGAGAAAUAUGUCAAAGACUGUGUGCCUGCGAGGAGAGAGAGGGAAUACUCACAGUGAGCUGUGAAAACAGAGGAGUUGUGAGUGUCUCGGACAUGAGCCCUGUGUACUUCUCCCAGUAUCAUCUGCUGCUCACAGGGAACCUUUUGAGAAAGCUGUCCGCCAAUGAUUUCGCCGAGUACAAAGGACUUACAAUAUUACAUCUGGGGAAUAAUGACAUAUCCGAGGUUGAAGCAGGAGCUUUUAAUGGACUUCAGGGAUUAAAACGAUUGCAUCUCAACAAUAACAAAAUUGACGCCUUGAAGGAAGGCUUUUUCUUUGGCCUUGAAAGUCUGGAGUAUCUACAAAUUGAUUAUAAUUCCAUCACUCAUGUGGCGCCAAAUGCCUUGAGCCGCCUUCGACAUCUGGAGGUCCUGAUUCUAAAUGACAACUUAAUAUCCGCUCUGCCCGUGAACAUUUUCCAGUAUGUACCGUUGACUCAUUUGGACUUGAGGGGGAAUCAGCUCAAAGUGCUCCCCUACUCAGGUCUGCUGGAGCACAUGAACAGCGUUGUGGAGCUGCAGCUGGAGGAGAACCCGUGGAACUGUUCGUGCGAGCUGAUUGCUCUCAAAACGUGGCUCGAGAGCAUAUCGUACACAGCUCUGGUCGGCGACGUUGUUUGCGAGUUCCCUUUCCGGCUCCACGGGAGAGAUCUUGAUGAGGUUUCAAAACAGGAGUUGUGCCCGAGGAGAGCCAUCGCUGAAUACGAGAUGCCACCCCUGCCACAUUUGAGCACCGAUGCAUACUAUAGGUCCACGCCAGCUCUAGUCACAGGCUCCUUCACCUCAUCUGGGAUUGCACGAUCCUCAUCGAGACCCACCAAGGGACCUCGCCAGUCGGGCAAAUUAAAAUCAAGACCCACUGCUCGCGUCCCAUCCAAUAAACCACAAAACUACGGGCAAAUUAUUUCAUAUCAAACCAAAUCCCCCGUGCCUUUAGAUUGCCCAACUGCCUGCACCUGCAACCUUCAAAUUUCAGACCUCGGCCUGAAUGUGAACUGCCAGGAGCGAAAGAUCGAGCAUAUCUCUGACUUACAUCCCAAACCUUACAAUCCCAAAAAGAUGUAUCUAACGGGGAAUUAUAUCCCUGUGGUGCGUCGAUCAGAUUUCAUCGAGGCGAAUGGAUUAGAUUUGCUUCAUCUCGGUAACAAUCGAGUAUCUCGCAUACAAGACAGAGCUUUUGGCGAUUUGACACAUCUAAGAAGACUGUAUCUUAACGGGAAUCUGAUUGACCACCUUACAGUUGACAUGUUUUACGGACUGGAGACUCUACAGUUCUUAUAUUUAGAGUACAACGUCAUCAAAGAGGUUGCUUCUGACACCUUUCGGCACGUACCCAAACUUCAGCUUCUUUUUCUGAACAACAACCUCUUGAAAACUUUACCAGUAGGAACGUUAACUGGCCUAACGUUAGCCAGGCUGAAUCUCCGCAGCAACCACCUGCGAUAUCUGCCGGUCAGCGGCGUGCUGGAUCAGCUCACGGUGCUGGUGCAAGUCGAUUUGUUUGAGAACCCCUGGGACUGCUCCUGUAGCAUACUGGAGUUGAAGACGUGGCUGGAGCAGCUCAGCACGGGCACGGUGGUAAACAAUGUCAUCUGUGGUUCGCCCAAGAGGCUCGCCGGGGAGGAUAUGAGAUACAUUAAGACGGCUAAUUUCUGCCCUAAUAACUCUGAGACACUUGCCUCAAUGAUCCCCCCCUCUGAAGAGUCUUUCCCUGGCAGCACCAUCACCAUAGAAACAUCCUUGGACUCUGACACACAAUACAGCGCCAUCCCUUUAUCCGUGAUGAUCCUCGCCCUCCUCCUCAUGUUCAUCGUGUCCGUGUUUGUGGCUGCGGGAUUGUUCGUGGUCAUGAAAAAGAGACGUCAAAAGAGUGAAAACGAGCACAACAACCACAUGAACGCUUGCAUCAGCUCUCUCAACAUUGAGUACGGCCUUUACAAAAAGGGAUCCAUUCCCAAAGUCAGAACGUCCGCCGGACACGUAUACGAGUACAUCCCACCUCCCGCAGAACCCACAUGCAGAACUACGGCCCAAACCCCGACGGACGGCAAAUCAGCCGACGGAUUUAGAAACUUUGAUGAGUUGAGCGGCUUUGAUGAAGAGGCAGCCAGUAAUGUAAUAAGCUCGGAAUAUAGUGCCACCACUCCAGAGCCUCUUAACAAGCCCUCCACCCCUCACCAAGACGAUCAGUGUUACUACAGAGACGUGCUGGAGCCUGACAAGCACACACGCUACAGCAAUACGUUACCAUGCAGACACGCGGCGGCGCAUUCGUCGAGUCAGCACGCCUCAGACUUCGAUGCAAGGCAUCAAUACAUGCACCCAGAUAGAAUACAACAGACGAUACUCUAUUGCGCGGCACCAAGUACUGUGUACGUGGAGCCCAACAGGAGCGAGUACUGGGAGCUGAAAGCAAAGCUUCACAUUGAUCCCGAUUACCUUGAGGUUCUUGAAAAACGAACGACAUUUACACAGUUUUAAGAGACUGCAUUGAUGCAAUGUAUUCAUUUUAAUCAGGAAUCAGAUUAAAAAAACAGGCAGCACUAUUUUAUCACCUUUUAUUAGUAAAACGCAUUGUGAGCUACAGUAUGCGUUUUUGGGAAUCGUGUCACAGGAGUGAGUAAUAAAGGGGAACACUACUCAUUUUGAAGUAUCACUUCUCCCUUUACCCCCGUGGUGUUUUAACAGUUGUGUUUGAAUUUGUAAAUAUGAACAAGCGAGCAGAAAUUCGGGGGCUCUUAUGACUCAUCCCUACAUAAAACACAUCCUGGAGCUGUUUUUCAUUGACAACAAUGUGAGACUGAGCUUCUACUCUCAAAUUAGCCGAGAGUAAAUGAAGCGUGCAGAUGAUAUGUUCUUAGCCCAAAAUAAACCGGGGUCUUUGUUACAGUUACAUGUAUGGCUCGCGGUUCUGUCAAACUGAUUCAAGGUGAAACCCACACAUGAGAUUAAAUCAGAUUUAUUCCGCAAGUAAAUUUACCUGUAAACCAUGAAUUUGACCUGCGUGCAGGUGAAAGUCACACCUGUUAAGUUGUGCUCCGGUGGAAAAUGGAGUCACAUUAGGGAGGCAGUUUUUCCUCCAGCAUGCACAGCUCUGGGAUGAUCACACUAAAUGCAUGAGAUCAUAAAACAAAUUCCAAUGUAAUAACUCAAAUCACGGAUUACGACGCCAGUAAAUCUCUGCUCUCUUUGUUUGCAGAUUUGGGGGAGAAUAAUUAAUGUAUGCUAAAAAUAUACUGAGGAGAUGUAAUCGGUGGUGUUCCCUCAGAAUCUCUCCAAACCAACUGCAUUUGUUGGUUAUGGACACAUGUUGCACAUGUUGGAUCAAGUUAAAUAUUAAUGUAUUGUAACUGUACUCAGAAAUGUCGUAACUAAAAGAUUAUAGCCGUAUUCAGAUGUAUUGUAACUGAAAGAAAAUGAGCUUUAAAGGUCUAUAUCAAAGGUCACAAAUAUGUGUUUUUCUGGCACAGAAACGCACUUGUUGAAAAUCGAUGAAUUGUAAUGAGUGUCUUUAUUUAUUUGUAUCAGAUCCACAAAAAAAAAUCUGCUCAUAAUAUAUGCAAAGUUUGACAUUCUGAGGAGUACACUGAAGCACAUUCCUGUGUUUUAUUGUACCUUUACAACCUUUUUUCUUUAUUAUAUAUCUGAAAACACUUAAAAUUGUCUUCCAGUUGCAAUACAUCUGAGUAGAUUUGCAAUACAAUAAGAGUCUAAUGUAUCUCCAUAUACUUCUGUUUGAAAUACAGCUGAAAAUGUGUCACAUCUGUCGGCCUCAGGCCCACACAGUAUAAAACAUAUUUUAAAUGACUGCAUAUUUUUAUACAAACAAAUGUUUUUUUUCUCUUUUUUUUCUUUUACAAAAAAAUGCACUAUUGACUUCUACAGGUUAACAAUGAUGUCACUUUCUGAAAAUGCACAAUACGGUGGUAACACAUGUGCAUAUAGCCAUAGAAGUAGGUUUGGUAAGCGUAUACAUUAAAAGUACCACAUGUUAAAAGAUCUUGCACUAUGCAUAGAUAUAUAGAGUAGACAAUCUGUAUAAAAUGCCAAUAGCUCAUCCUCUCAGUCACCAACCAACACUCAUAAACAUGAUAUUUAAUAAUAUCACAUACAUGUUUAUUUGAAAUGUAACACUCAUGACUAUUCAAAGGUACUUUUGUACCACUUUUUGGAUAAUUUGUUUUUUCUAAAACUUCAUAUAUUUCUAAUUACAUGUGUUUUUAGGGGAAUACUUGGUGGAUAUGUAUGUGUGUGUGUUGCAUCACAAUGAAAAACACUGUCUCAUUAUUUGGCAUUGUUUGUUUUGGUGCGGGGGUCGCAUGAAAUCUGGCAAUUUGACUGCAAUAGCAGUCGCUCUCUUUAAAAGGGGGUAUUGAUGGAGAGUGUAACGAAUUUGCGGAACAAAUGUGUAAAGGUCUGUGAGAGCUAUUAGAUUGAAAAGCACAACAAAUGGAUGCCUGAGUGGAUAGAGUCGUCUUUAUGCAUAAAAAUGCUCUAAAGGAAUAGAAGCACAUCAUCCAGUCAUAAUGCAGUUGAACCAAUUUCUGGGUCAAUAGUAGUAAAUGCCCAGAAAUCUGGCUUUCCCUGAGAGUAGUAAAUUCACCAUGUAUGCAGUAUUAACGCACUGGACCUGUCAUCUUAACUCAGCUAAUUAGAGGACACGGUGUAUCUGGACUGUGUCUGCAUGUCACCAUGCAUUACACUGCAGCAUUAGUCAUGCUGUUUAUCAUGUAUACAGUCUUCUUGGUUUGUUGCCUUUCACAUGUUCAGAGUCGUUUUGUGGUUAUUUUGUCACUUGAACUGUGUCCGCUCUUUGGGAAUUCAUCAGAAAUUGACACAAUGCCGCAUGAACCUGCACAGGUUUGUAUUUUGUUACAUGUAGGUGGUUUUUUUUAUCAAUAUAUUGCUGUGAAGUUAGUGGUGAAAACACUGCACAGACAGAUACACACAACAUGUUUUUUUAUUGUAAGCAGUGGCCGACAUUUAGUUAAUCGUUUCAGUUCUCGAAAUAGUAGUUCUUUUUUUAAAUGUGUGGUCAAUUUUGUGCAAACUAAUGCAACCAAUGAGAAAAUAGCACAUCACAAAAAAGCAUUUGCUGGUGCAUUUGGUGGAAGAAUCCAACACUUUUAACAUUUUAUUUGUUAUGAUGUUUCUUUCAAUUUGUAUGAAUCUUGCAAAGGCAACUGUGCAAUGCAACACAGUGUUUACUGUAUAUAACAAACAUUUGUAAUAUGUUUAGCUCUUUCUGCUUUUUGUAAUCAAUGACCAAAUGCCAAUAUUUGUCACAUGUGAGACUACAAAUACUGAUAAUCCAAAAAUAUGUUCAAUUGAGAUGUGACUGUCCUGUGUAUGUGUGCAAAUGUUUGAUUUGCAAAGAAGAAGAGAUCCAGUUAGUGUCUUACUCUUAUUCCCACUUUUACGUUUGCUUUUCUUUGGUUCUCAUAUGAAACGGUGGUUUUCUAUGUCAACCUCUGAUUUGUAAAUAGAACACUUCAUCAGCAUUUCCAUGCGAACGCGCAUCGGCUCUGAAAAAGCAAAAACCUGGUCUCUUACUGCAAAAACACAGUGCAACUAGGAAUAUGUGGGGUAAAUAUAUCUACAGUGUGCUGUUUCUUUAGUUGUUAGCUGAUGAAUAAAAGAUAUGCAUUCAUUUG